UCUCACCCCUGGGGAAUGUCUCUCUCUCUCCCUGUUUCCUGGCCAGGUACCAUCACGUUCCUGGGGCUGUACCUCAUGUUCGGAUAUGGCGCCUCGCUGCUCUGCAACCUCAUUGGCUUUGUCUACCCAGCCUACAUCUCCAUCAAAGCCAUUGAAAGCUCCAACAAGGAUGACGACACUACUUGGCUCACGUACUGGGUGGUCUAUGGAGUCUUCAGCGUGGCCGAGUUUUUCUCCGACACCUUCCUCUACUGGUUCCCAUUUUACUACGCUGGAAAGUGCUUGUUCCUGGUCUGGUGCAUGGCGCCUGUCCCCUGGAACGGCUCCCAGGUCUUGUACCGCAACGUCAUCCGGCCCUGCUUCCUGAAGCACCACCGGACGGUGGACAGCGUGCUCAGUGACCUGAGCGGCAAGGCGCUCGACACCGCUUCGACCGUCACCAGAGAAGUCCUUCAUGCCCUGGCCGACAGCAGAGCCCGCCUGGUGUCCGAGGGGGCCCCAGCUCCGCUCGUCUCCUCCAAAGCAGCAGUGCAGCUGGGUCAAGAAUCUGACAAGACCAAGUGAGGACGGAGCUCCCAGCGGCCGGCUGUUCUGAUCCCCUCCCCGCCCCAACUGCAACUUCCUAGACCAAAAGCUUGAAGUGACACCCCGCUCCUCCCGGCGAUAAAGCGGCAAGCCCCCUCCCAUUCGCCAGCCCUUAGCGCCAACAAGCCCCUGCCUCCCAGGGCUCUGUAAGAAGCACAGACCUCCCCAAACCAAGCUCUGCAAGGGGGCGGUCCGUGCCUAGGCUCCGUGGGAACCGCUGACUUCCAAUAGACAGUGUUUGGUAGUUCCUGUUUCUCAGGGCGCCUUUCUUCUGGGGGCGGGGCUUUCGGUGUCGUUUCCCCAGCGUGUUCUAGAACACGGGGUCGAAGUCGGGGUGAGGCGGGGGAGGGGUACAAUCCGCUGCUGAGGGCCCUCGGGAAUUCGCUGGGCUGGAGCUCGGGUUGUCUGAGCCUUGUGAUCAGGGAGUCCUGUGCAAGCAGCCCCUCUGGAAUAUCGCCCCCCCACCUGGGACCUGCCCCUCUAGCCUUAUGGGGGCCUGCGGGCCGGGGGGGAAUUGGGAUGCAGUGUGACUCCGUGGGGCUGGGAGAAUGACUGCACCCCAAUUAACACUGGCUAUGAAGCCCCCCUCCCUCCUCCUAACACAAGAGCCUCCGCAAUAAGCCACAGCCCAGAAGGGAGGCGGACGUGGGUUUCGUAGCCACGGGGUCUAUGCGCUGAGUCCCAGGGGUCUUUCCAUGGCUCCGGCUUGGUCCGGGUUCGCUGUGGCCGGCCCGGGCCCGGCUCUCCAGUUCCCCUGGCCCAGUCUUGUGCUGCUUCUCUCGGGUCAGCGGCCCUGCUUCCCCCUUUUGCCCCGGGGCCGGCCUGCUGGGCAAAGGAGCCGGCCGUGCGAGGGCGGGGGGUGAGCUCUGAGAGAAGGCAGGUCACGCCUGGGUUCAGCGCUCUUGAAGUGCUGACUCAUGAUCGUCCCUGUUGCACUUCCCUGCUAGCAGUUUCAUACCUGACCAAGCUGCCCUGGCAGUUCAGAGAUUCCUUCUCUAACUCCCCUUCGUCACUCCCUGCCCCAGCUGCCUGGCGGCCUCUGCUCCAGUCCCCACCUGGAGGGAGGCUCCAGGCCAGGAAGGGAUGUGUUGGGUCUUGCACAGGUGCCAAGAAUGUGGUUGGAGACAGGAGCACCAAGCUGUGAUCAGCAACAGGGUCUGGGAAUCACCCGUGUCCCGACAGUCUGCUUAGGUGCUGGCUGGGCCGUGCCCUUCCAGAAGUGGACAAGGGAGGGUCUCCAGCAGGGUGUUGGCUGCUUUCCUGGCCUGUUUGCUUCCCAGGGGGGUGACCCUGGGCUUUCACUACUUCGAGAUCAUCCUGGAAUGAGUGGGGUCCGUUUAUGAAGAAACCUGAUAGUCUGUCUCCUCCACUCUCCCUCUGCCCUUCAGGCGUGGAACCUGCGGCCUGCCUGCGUUGGGCUCGCGGUUCUCCAUCGCGCCCGCCUCCUUCGAAAAUAAAACAGGCAUUGAUCUGAUUUGCAUAAUCCCAGCCGCAACAAGCUGUGCAUUUUGUAGAGCGCACUCGGCCUCCGUUCGGCCUCAGGGGUGACUCCAUGCCCUGCCUGCUUUUUUUAUUAGCAAGGAACGGUGGUUCAUUCCCCGAUUUAUUUGUUUCUUUGUCUCCGUUGGUUGUGUCUGAGACAGAAUAAAGGGGACUCUGACCGAC